AAUGCUGACUAUGCCUAUGGCUUUACUAAUGACUAUGGCUUUACAAAUGAUCACUGAAAGUGUUUUGAAAUGCAAAGCAAUUUAAAUGUUAUAGUGAAUAUGUUAGGUCACUGACCUGUGACUUGUGUGAUACUUAACAAAGCACACAAUGAAGUAGACACAGGAACUGAUGUUUCAGCCCAAAUGGUCAACAUGGUAGUGAAUUUUACUUUCAAAAGCAUGCCAAAUAGACUGGUUUGGUCAGGUGAUUUUACAUCUUGACAGACAGCCCCAUGACUAUGGCCAGUGUCCAUCCCUCAUUAUACAUGAAAAAAGGCCAGAUGAGAUGAGAGCCAUUGCGGAUUUGGAUGACCUGCUUAAUUUCGGCGUAUCCAUGGCUCUCUGGGCCACUUAAAAAAGCAGUGUAAUUUUGACUGGCGGAUAAUGCCUCAGUCUCAGAGUCUGAUUCCCAAUGCCACCACUCUCCCGCCUAAAAUGGAAUAAACAUUGGUUUGUCUCUCAGGCUUAGCCUGAUGGCGUUGUGCUGAGACUGCUCAAUGCAGAGCUCCAUUGAGAACAGGUUUAAAGGGCUUGAAUGCCUUCUGCUGAGGCAGGCCAUCCCACAAGCCGUCCCACUCUAUGCAGCCUCUGCGUCGAGGCUCACACCCCCUUUGUGUCCCCCAACAAUACUGGCACGAGGGCACCAUUAGGGAACCCUCAUUGUUCAGCGGCCAAUGGGAACCCAACAGUGGGUAUGUAUGCCCAUGCAGUGUGUGUGUGUGUGUGUGUGUGUGUGUGUGUGUGUGUGUGUGUGUGUGUGUGUGUGUGUGUGUGUGUGUGUGUGUGUGUAUGAGAGUAUGUGUGUGUAUGUGUGGGUGUGUAGGAGUGUGUGCAGGGCCAAGGGAAUGUUAACAUGUGUUAGAUGAAUGUCUCAUUCUUCCAGUUGCAGUGUCCACUGUCCACUCCAUAACCAGGUGCGAAGAGACGUCAUUAGGAGAGCCAGCCAAUCAGAGAUUAGCUGUUUGGAUUUAUGCCAGAGAUUUUUAGGCUUCUAAGAUCUUACCAGAGUUGGCCAAAGCCAGUUUUUUAUCAGCAAGGGAAAAAAAAGUCCAUCAGGUGAGUCGUGAUGCCGUAUACACCGUCUGGCUUUUUCUGCGACCGGUUGAUCCGGGAGCGAGAACGCAGAGACGGAGAAGGAUCUUUGAGCAAGCCUCUUCGCUUCAGUGGACAGGAUUUCACCAUCCUCAAGCAGGAGUACAUCCAAAAGAAGAGCCUGUUCGAGGAUGACACUUUUCCCGCCUCCGUGGAAUCUUUGGGAUACAAAGAGCUGGGUCACAAGUCCAACAAGGUCAAGAACAUCGUCUGGAAGAGACCCAAGGACAUUAGUGACAAUCCCCAAUUCAUAGUGGGAGGAGCCAGCAGAACAGACAUUUGCCAAGGAGACCUGGGUGACUGCUGGCUGUUGGCUGCUAUUGCUUCUCUGACACUCAAUGAAAAGCUGCUUUACAGAGUUGUCCCACAAGACCAAAGUUUCAGUGAUAACUAUGCUGGAAUCUUCCAUUUCCAGUUCUGGCGGUAUGGUGAUUGGGUGGAUGUUGUCAUCGAUGACCGUAUCCCCACCUUCAACGGUCAGCUGGUGUUCACCAAGUCUGCCGAAAGGAAUGAGUUUUGGAGUGCUCUCUUGGAGAAGGCCUAUGCCAAGCUGCAUGGCUCCUAUGAGGCUCUCAAAGGAGGAAACACCACAGAGGCCAUGGAGGACUUCACUGGAGGAGUGACUGAAUUCUAUGAGCUGAAAGAGGCCCCAAAGGAGCUCUACAAGAUCAUGAAUAAGGCUCUGGAGAGGGGCUCCCUCAUGGGUUGCUCCAUCGAUUCCCUGGUUCCUGCUCGCUUUGAGACACGCACAGCGACAGGACUUGUCAAAGGACAUGCUUACUCUGUGACAGCUGUUGAGGAGUGUAAGCCGUCCCAGCACAAGGAUUCCAAGGUACGUCUGGUGCGUCUCCGCAACCCUUGGGGUCAGGUGGAGUGGAAUGGGCCUUGGAGUGACAACUCUAAGGAGUGGACCACCAUCCCUAAGGCUGAGAAGGAGAAACUUCAGCAUCAGAACGCUGAGGAUGGAGAAUUCUGGAUGUCAUUUGAAGAUUUCAAGAAGAAUUACACCAAGAUUGAGAUCUGUAAUCUCACCCCUGAUGCUCUGGAGGACGACAAGAUCCACAAGUGGACAGUGUCUGUAAACGAGGGCCGCUGGGUGCGGGGGUGUUCAGCAGGCGGCUGUAGAAACUACCCAGAUACUUUCUGGACCAAUCCCCAGUACCGCCUGCGUCUCUUGGAGGAGGAUGAUGACCCGGAGGACAAUGAGAUGGCCUGCUCAUUCGUUGUGGCCUUGAUGCAGAAGAAUCGUCGAAAAGAACGCAAGAUGGGUGCUAACUUGUUCACCAUAGGAUUUGCCAUCUAUGAGGUGCCAAAGGAGAUGCAUGGAAAUAAACAGCAUAUGCAGAAGGAGUUUUUCCUGUUCAACUCCUCGAAGGCUCGCUGCAAGUCUUACAUCAACCUGAGGGAGGUGACCCAGCGUUUUAGACUGAGUCCUGGGGAGUAUGUGAUCGUGCCUUCCACCUAUGAACCCCACCAGGAGGGCGAGUUCAUCCUCCGUGUCUUCUCUGAAAAAAGGAACACCUCUGAGGAGAUAGAGAACAGGAUCGAGGCUGACCAUCCGGUGCCAGCCCCAGCCUCCGCAGGUGAGGAGAGUGAGGAGGACCAACAGUUCCGGACCAUCUUCCAGCAAAUUGCGGGGGAUGUGAGUACAUGGAAACCAGUGAGUGCAGGGGGGACUGUGAGUGAAAUGGAGAUCUCAGCCAAUGAGCUGAAGAAUGUCCUGAACAGGGUUGUUUCCAAACAUAAAGAAAUGAACACAGAGGGCUUUAGUCUGGAGAGCUGCCGGAGCAUGAUUGCCCUCAUGGACAUGGAUGGGACAGGCAGACUUAACCUACAGGAGUUUAGGCAUCUGUGGAACAAAAUUAAGCAAUGGCAGGGAAUCUUUAAGCAUUAUGACAGUGAACAGACUGGAAGCGUCAACAGUUAUGAGAUGAGAAAUGCUGUGAAUGACGCAGUCAUACGUUUUGUAUCCCAUUCAGGCUUCCGUCUCAACAACCAGCUGUAUGACAUCAUCACCAUGCGCUAUGCCAAUGAGAACAUGAACAUCGACUUUGACAGCUUUGUUAGCUGUCUGGUGCGGCUGGAGGGGAUGUUCAGGGCAUUCCAGGCCUUUGACCAGGAUGGAGAUGGCACGAUCAGGCUCAGUGUCCUUGAGUGGCUCCAGCUGACCAUGUAUGCUUAGGCUGGCCCCCAGUGAGCCUCUGGGUAUAGAGGUGAGCCACAUCUCCUCUCUGCAAGGACCAGACAAUGACCUGCCUUUACCUCAACACUCAACGUGCCAGUCAAGCUCAGCAGGACAACAUCUCUCUGCACCACACAGUACCUCUGUGUCUUCUGUGUCGAGCAUCCUCUAGUUUCUCCUUCUCAGCAUGUACCAUCACUCAUUCAUUCACUUAAUCACUCACUCAUCACUUUUCUUUGACUCUCUUUGGAGUUCUCCCUCUGUAGUAGCACCCUCUCACCACCCAUCCAUUCAUUUGUGGAUUGUUUAUUUUCUCAGGCACACCACACACAUAUAACCUCCAUUUUAUUUUCCUGUCACAAUAACAUACCUCACCAUCCCCUCUACUUAACACCCCCCCCCCCCCAAAUAAUCUUACACAUCCUGUGGGAACUGCUUGACAUCUUUUUACCAAAGCUAGAUUCCACAACUCUUAUACCCAUAUAUUGUUAUUUUAGUUUUCUUUUGGUGUCUAAACCCCCUAGGCCCAUUUGGUCUCCACACGACCACUCUCUGUGUGUCCUUAAGGAACAUGGAUGCAGCAGUUAUUCCACUCAGGCUAGUGUAUCCAUCGCAUUAUUCUUGUGGGAGUGAUGUCUUCAUUGUCAACAUAUCCAGCAGUUUUGAACUUUCUCCCAUUACUGUAAGUGGAUGACGCGCAAAGGUGUAAUGACCACACGGCAGCAUCCAGGCUUUGCGAUUAGGGGAAAGUCAUCCGGGCUUUGUGAAAGGAGAGAAAAUCACCUAAACAUGGAGACAAACGUGGGUUUGGACUUAAAGGCUUCCUGUUGUGGUUUCCUAUUAAAAGCUUUGGGUCGAA